AUGGGAGAAGCAGAAGACUUGGACAACACGGCAAAGGCGAGGAAGCGUCGCAUGCAGCGACGCGCCAAACAACCUGUAGAUGACGCUGCCGAGCCUAGUAAGCCAAAGAAGCCGCGCAUGGACGAAGGUGCGUCCUCUUCCGACGAAGAGGUGUCUCCUCCCGGCACGUUGUCCAAGGAUGAACUGGCCAAGAUCCCGGGUGUCAAGCAGCAAGCUAGGUAUGUUCCUGCCGUGAAAAUGACCAAGGCCGAGUUGACGCUCUGGCGUAAGGAAGCUCGUCGUGUUCGCAACCGCGAGAGUGCCGCAGCCUCUCGCCAAAAGACGCAAUCGCGAAUCAACGUGCUCGAAGCGGAAGUUGGAGAAUUGACCACCAAGUACCAAGCUGCCUUGAAGCGCAUUGUCGAGUUGGAAGCGCAAGCUGCCGCUCGCGACGCUCAAGGAGAAAGUGCUUGGAAGCCCCCCAAGAUGAUGAUGAUGAAUACACGUCCGCAGCAUGUGACUGCCUCUCCGGUAGUGGAACCCCACACCGUGUCGCCCCCCUUGAGCCCCCGAGAAUCCUUUUCUCUUGAUGAAGAACCCGUCGCUCAGUCCUUUUCGGCAAGCCGCAGCGCUCCUUAUCCACACCAAGCCACCACCACUUUUAAGAUCUCUCGACCCAAUGCCUCAGUGAAGAUCACUCCGGUGGCUGUGGAUAAUACAAGCUCUGCGACUCCCCCGACUUUGGACUUGUCGUCGACGGCUCCUCCUCAUUGGACGGCUCCUCAAGACACGGCAGCAUUCCUGCUACCGGAUGCAGCUUUGGCGACCGCCGCGGAAGCGGCUGCGAAUGACUACCCUUUGGCGUUGGAUGAUAACGAGUUGGGAGACUUUUUAAACUUUGCCAUGAGCGUUGAAGGAGAAAGUGGGGUUCACCCGGACCGUCACACGGAUGCUCUCUGUAUCUUUGAAGAGCUGUCUCCUCCUUCCGUCCUCAUGGCUCCUCCCUGA